ACAUCAUGUCGAUCACUUCUCAUAUCAGUAACAAAUAAGACACUUUUAGAUACCUGAAAGUGAAGUUAUUCCAACUUUAACCGCAAAACAAUAUUUCUGGUGGGCGGGGCGUUUGCGAUUUCCCGCGGAAUAUUCAGGCACCGGAUUACCUCCCUUGUUUCAUGUUCAGUCAUGUUAUGACAUUAAAGUUUGCAACUCGCCAGCCACAUGCAUUUAGUCUUUGUACGGAUGCUGGACAGCACGAGCGUUUAUAGAAAUCAAGGAAAGAUGGAGGUUGUGGACAGAAGGCAGGAGGACUAUGGCGACUUCCAGGCACCGACGGUCACAUUCAGAGACAUCUAUGACCCCAGAUUGGAGCGUGCAAUGUCUGUUGCCAUGAAAACCAAACAAAUAACACCGCUCCUUAAGGAAGAGUUACGCCUGUCAAUCUUAACGAAGAGGCUUGCCGAGGGAAAGGAAGACAUUCAAGUCAACUUUCCUCAACCCCAUUCAUAUGACCUCACCCCGGCAGAGAUGGAGAAACGCGAGAAACGGAAGAUGCAGAACAAGAUCGCCGCGCGCAAACACCGCCUCAAGUCCAAGUCUAAAAUGCUGAACAUUGUUGAAGAGUUGCAAAAACAGGAACAGUUAAAAGAAGAGUUGGAGAAGGAGUACAACAGGUUAUUCAACGAGAAACAAGAGAUGCUCUGCAACCUCUUGGACCAACACAAUGGCGUGGCACUGUCAUGUGAUCACUGCGAGAACGAGGCUGGACGUGAACCAAUCAAAUUGUUGCUCAACGUCACAGGCACCAUAAACGUGGAAUCCAGCUACUUCACAGCCAUACAGCUGGGCGGCACAGACGCCCUUGCAAGUCCUCUCACAGAUGUCCAUUGAAUUGGGUCCUCAUGACAUUAGCCAUCUUAAUAUAUAUACACACACACACAUGCCGUAAAAUACCAUUCAGGAAACAAGGAUAAAAGUGUUAAAGAUUAAUCUUUUUGUAUCGUGACUUGACAAAUCCUGGCGUGAUGUGGAAGUUGUGUACGUAAAGACGCUGCCGGAGUCGGUGUAGACCACUUAUGUUGAUGUGUACAUACUGACCACGCACAUCGUAGCCGUUACUACAUCAUCCUUCCUACCUUCCCACAAGCUAUACAACACGUCAACGUGUACAGUUACACACACCACAUAAUGUGUACAUCGCAUGCAUUCAAGACGGAUGUGUUGUUGCGUUGUGCUUUCAUUGUCAUAUCCAUGUAUUACAUGUUCCAUGCUGUCAAAUACAGUACGUCUUUAUGAGAACAUUCCGGUAGAGAUCCGGGGCGACCGUUAGUUAUUGGUGCACUUCCGUAGAGUGCUGUAAACGUUGGGCCAUCAUCAUCACAUCAAGUGAAGUAUAUGCACUGGUGAUGAAGUGUAGCACACACCAACGCGCCGGGUGUAAUACGGGUGCAUGGUUGUAGUGUACUAGACGUUAAACGCACAGAUGAUGAUUGUUAUUGAUGAAUAAAUGUGUUUGUGACAUGA